AUGGCAUCAUCCUUGUCAAAUAUGAAACAAUCAUGUGUAAAAUGUGAUAAAGGUGGUGGUAUAGCUAUAUGUUCUGGAUGUCAACAACAGUUUUGUGUCAAACAUUUUAUUGAACAUCGACAAGAACUUGCAACACAAAUGGAUCAUAUUGGACAGCAGCAUGAUGCACUGCGGCGAAAUCUAUCUGAAGAAAUUGUAGAACAUUCACUUCUUGCUCGUAUUAAUAUAUGGGAACAAGAAUCGAUUACAAAAAUUCAAGUAGCUGCCGAAGUAGCACGAGUUGAUCUUCAACAACUAGUUGAUCAAACAAAAGAUGAACUAAAAACGUCACUCGAUAAGAUAACUAGCGAACUACAAUUGAGUCAAGAACGCGAUGAUUACACAGAAAUCGAUCUUAAGAAAUGGUCAAAUAAAUUGAAAGAAUUUCGAGCACUUCUUGAAACACCUGUAAAUAUCGACAUUCUAUUUGAUAAUCAUUCACAAUCAUCGAUUGAUUUAAUUAAAAUUAAUCCGCCAUUGCAUCCUUCGAUUUCAAUGUAUUCAUCGUUAGAAUAUAAAUUGCCGCAUUCUCAAAAAUUCAAUGUACCUUAUACACAGGAACGAUUUGACAAAUGCUACGGACCUGUUAUACUAACAGACAAAGAUUGUGCUGGUAAAAACAUCGGCGAUGAAUAUUCGAGAAUAUGUGGUAUCAAUCAAUAUUCAUCGGGUGUACAUCGAAUUCGUUUUCGAAUCGAUGAGCGAACCAAUUCUUGUCCGUUUCUAGGUAUUAUUUCAUCAUUGGAAGGAUUAAGUCUACGGAAAAUGACCUUACCAUCAGCGAAUGGAUGGUCGGAUUUAGAACAGCUUGUUGUUAACGGUAAAAGUCUCAAUAUAGGUUGUUCAAAUCAAAUAAUUCAAUCAGGCGAUGAAGUCACACUGAUAUUAGAUUGUGAACAUCGAGAAAUUCUACUUGAACACCAUCGAACAAAUAGAUUUGUUCGUCAAUUGAUUGAUAUUGAAGAAUGUCCAUUUCCAUGGAAAAUACUCGUGGCAUUAUCGCCUCGCAAUGGAUCCAUACGCAUCAUUUCUUAG